AUCGGCCCAUCAACAAAAAUCAAAAGAAAAGCAUCGUAUCCACAUAACGAUCUCUCUGAUCGGCAAACAUCUUCUUCUUCUCCGACGACGAACUCCACCGUCCCUCCGUCAUGCCGGAGAUCGACGCGUUAUUUGAAUCGAUCAAUGUCCGCGACCUUCUCGCCGGACACGACCUCAACGAUCCGACGACUCCACUGUCGGCGCCGGAUCUCCGUCUCCUCAUAAACCGCUUACAGUCUCAUUCCCUCCGGAUCAAGUCCAAAGUCCAGUCCUACCUCGUCGCACACCACUCCGAAUUCUCCGACCUUUUCUCGACCUGCCAAGACGCCGUCUCCAGGACUCGCCUGAUCUCCGACGAUGUCUCCGAUGUCGUGGAGCUGGUUUCCGACAGGCCCGUUGAUGUGGAGAUUCGUAAAGUGGUCGAUGAGAUAACGGAGAAGACCAAGGAGGUGAGGUUGAAGAGAGAGUCGCUUGAGCUUGUGAGUGCGAUCGUGGGGAUCUGCGAGGCGGUGGAGGAAACGAAGGUGGCGUUGAGAGGAGGGAGGUUUAGAUUCGCUGCUGAGAGGGUCAGAGAGCUGAAAGGAGUGUUGAGGGUUGGUGAAGAAGAGGAAGGAGGUGAGCCUGUGGCUUACGCUUUGCUUAGGAAAGAAUGGUCUGAUUGCUUUGACGAGAUUCAAGAGGUGCUUGCAAGAUUUAUGGAAAGUGCAGUGCGUUUUGAGCUGGAGUCGUGUAAGCUCAGGAUUAGUUAUCAGCUAAGCGUUGGUGAGACUACUGGAAUCGCUCUUACUACUGUUCUCGAGGCUAUGGAGGUGAUUGGAAUGUUAGACUAUGGGCUUGCGAAAGCAGCGGACUCAAUCUUCAAGCAUGUCAUUACCCCAGCUGUAACUCAUGCAUCUACCUUUAACGCCGUAGAAGAUUCAUGUAAAACCUCAGGGGAUAUAACCGAAGCGACAUUACAGCUAGAUCAAUCCUCAGAUCAUAAGACUGAAGAUGUGGAUGGAGAGGCAAUAUAUUCAGGAAUUCUUAAGGUUGUUAAAUUCAUUUGCAGUUCCUUGUGCUUUGGAAACGUUACAUGGAUCCAUUCUUUCGGGAGAUUGACAUGGCCAAGAAUAUCAGAGCUAAUUAUAUCUAAAUUUCUUUCAAAGGUUGUCCCAGAAGACGCUUCGAAACUUGCCGACUUUCAGAAAGUUAUUGAGAGGACUUCUCAAUUUGAAACAGCUCUGAAGGAAUUGAAUUUCGUUUCACCAUCUGAUGCGGAGGGGAGGCUCAGCAAAUAUGCUGAAAAUGUUGAGGUUCAUUUUGCAUCCAGAAAGAAGAUAGAAAUUUUAGCAAAAGCAAGAAGUUUGAUGUUGCAGUGUAACUUUACGAUUCCCAAGGGACUUGCUAUGAGGAACGCCAGUUUUAAGUCUGGUGGUGCAGAAUCUUUAGAUGAAGAUUCGUCGAAGCACAUAGUUCGCUUACUUUUUUCAUCUGAAGUGUGUAUGGUGUCGGAAGCUGCUUCUCAACUUAUGCAUUUGGUGCAUAAGACUCUCGAGGAUGUUUGUGUGUCUUCUGCAAGAGUUGCAACAGAGUGUUACCAUGCUGCUCGAGAUUCUAUACUUCUGUAUGAAGCUGUUGUUCCUGUCAAGCUAGAGAAACAACUCAAUGGCAUCAAUCAGGCCGCUGCUCUUCUGCACAACGAUUGUCUUUAUUUGUUCGAAGAGAUACUUGGACUUGCUUUUGAGUAUCGUGCUAGCUUCCCUAGCUCCAUCAAGGAACAUGCAGUAUUUGCUGACGUAGCCCCAAGAUUUAAACUGAUGGCAGAAGAAGUCUUGCAAAGACAAAUUCAGCUAGUAGUUUCGAGUUUGCAAGAGGCUAUAGACAGUGCAGAUGGAUUUCAGGAUACUCAUCAAAUGAAGCAAUUUGAAUCUGCAAAAUUUAGCAUUGAGCAGGUUGUGUUCAGUCUAGAGAAAGUGCAUAUGAUAUGGGAGCCAGUCUUACGGCCCAAAACUUACAAACAGAGCAUGUGCCUGGUUUUAGAGUCGGUCUUUCGCAGAAUAACUAGAGACAUUCUUCUUCUGGAUGACAUGGCUGCCGAUGAAACUUUUCAGCUACAAAGACUGAUUCACCUCAUGUUUGAGAAUCUGUCUUCUUUGCUCGGUUCGUUGAAGUCUGCAGACGAAACUUCUCGUCCUCUUGAUGAUCUCAUACCGUCUUUGCGUAAAAGCCGGAAACUAGCUGAACUAUUGGAUAUGCCUCUGAAGUCUAUAACUUCAGCUUGGGAAAGUGGCGAGUUGCUUAGUUGCAAUUUUACAAGAACAGAGGUACAAGAUUUCAUCAAAGCUAUAUUUGCAGAUUCUCCACUGAGAAAAGAAUGUUUGUGGAGGAUAGAAGACGUAGUCAACUAGUAGCAGGAAAUGAUAAAAAAACUUAUAGACCUGAGAAGAAGAAGUGAGCCUUAUUGGCAGAAGAGUCGUGAAGCCCUUGUAUCAUAAGAAAUUAAGAAUAUACCAUGUAAGAGAGUUUAAGUUUUAGGAUUAAAAGUGAGUUCCAGGUUUAGGAAAUUGACCGAUUAAUGCAAAAGUAUAAAUGGACCAAAAUUAUCUCAUUAUGGCUUA